GAACCUCUCCCCACUCCCCGCUCGCUCCUGCUUUCCUCCCUGCUUCCUCUCGGGGCGCGCCCGCCUUCGGGAGCGCGCAGUGCGGCGCGGCCGCGCUCGGGAGCGCGCAGUGCGGCGCACGGAGCCCGGCUGCGGCGAGUCCCGGCGCUCCCGGAGCAGCUGAGGAUCCCUCCGUGUGUGCUGCUGCUCUGCUCACCCUGGGGGAUACGACUGAGGUCCUGAGGCUGCCCAGCAUCCAAAAUGGUCAUGCAAAGACACCACCUCACCUGCGCAGGAAUAGCAUUCGCCCUCUACCUUCAUCACCUCGUCAGCGCCAUUGAAGUCCCUCUGGACUCAAAUAUUCAGAGUGAAUUGCCUCAGCCCCCCACAAUCACCAAGCAGUCCGUGAAGGACUACAUUGUCGACCCAAGGGAUAACAUCUUCAUUGAAUGUGAAGCCAAAGGGAACCCUGUGCCCACCUUUUCCUGGACACGGAACGGGAAGUUCUUCAACGUGGCGAAGGACCCCAAGGUGUCGAUGCGGCGGCGGUCGGGGACGCUGGUCAUUGACUUCCACAGCGGGGGCCGGCCCGAGGACUAUGAGGGCGAGUACCAGUGCUUCGCCCGGAAUGACUACGGCACUGCCCUCUCCAGCAAGAUCCACCUCCAGGUCUCCAAGUCUCCCCUGUGGCCCAAGGAGAAGGUGGAUGUGAUAGAGGUGGAUGAAGGUGCUCCGCUGAGCCUGCAGUGCAACCCGCCACCAGGCCUGCCCUCUCCCGUCAUCUUCUGGAUGAGCAGCUCCAUGGAGCCAAUCCACCAGGACAAGCGCGUCUCCCAGGGCCAGAACGGGGACUUGUACUUCUCCAACGUGAUGCUGCAGGAUGCCCAGACCGACUACAGCUGCAAUGCGCGCUUCCACUUCACCCACACCAUCCAGCAGAAAAACCCCUACACCCUCAAGGUGAAAACCAAGAAACCCCAUAACGAAACGUCCUUAGGAAAUCACACUGCCAUGUACAGUGCCCGAGGGAUCACGGAAACGACCCCCAGCUUCAUGUAUCCCUAUGGAACCUCGAGCAGUCAGAUGGUGCUCAGAGGAGUGGACCUCUUGCUGGAGUGCAUCGCUUCAGGAGUACCAGCACCGGACAUCAUGUGGUACAAGAAAGGAGGAGAGCUCCCAGUCGGCAAAACCAAGCUGGAGAACUUUAACAAGGCUCUUCGUAUCUCCAACGUCUCCGAGGAGGACUCCGGGGAGUAUUUCUGCUUGGCCUCCAACAAGAUGGGCAGCAUCCGCCACACGAUCUCGGUGAGAGUGAAGGCUGCUCCAUACUGGCUGGAUGAACCCCAAAACCUCAUUCUGGCCCCCGGUGAGGACGGCAGGCUGGUGUGCCGCGCCAACGGGAACCCCAAGCCUGCGAUCCAGUGGCUGGUGAAUGGCGAGCCCAUAGAAGGUUCUCCCCCCAACCCCAGCCGAGAGGUGGCUGGAGACACCAUUGUAUUUCGAGAUACCCAGAUCGGCAGCAGUGCCGUGUACCAGUGCAACGCCUCCAACGAGCAUGGCUACCUCCUUGCCAAUGCCUUUGUCAGUGUCCUGGAUGUCCCCCCACGGAUACUGGCCCCCCGCAAUCAACUCAUCAAAGUGAUCCAAAACAACAGGACCCGACUUGACUGCCCCUUCUUUGGCUCACCCAUCCCCACCCUGCGCUGGUUUAAGAACGGCCAGGGGAACACGCUGGAUGGAGGAAACUACAAGGCACAUGAGAACGGGAGCUUGGAGAUGGAGAUGGCUCGGAAGGAGGACCAGGGCAUCUACACUUGCGUAGCUACCAAUAUCUUGGGCAAAGCAGAGGCCCAGGUUCGCCUGGAGGUUAAAGACCCAACGAGGAUUGUGAGAGGCCCCGAAGACCAAGUGGUGAAGAGGGGCUCCAUGCCGCGCCUCCACUGCCGCGUCAAGCACGACCCCACGCUCCGGCUCACCGUCACCUGGCUGAAGGACGACGCACCCCUGUACAUGGGGAACAGGAUGAAGAAAGAAGAUGAUGGUCUGACAAUAUAUGGUGUGGCUGAGAAGGACCAAGGGGAUUAUACCUGCGUCGCCAGCACGGAGCUGGACAAGGACUCGGCUAAAGCCUACCUCACUGUACUAGCCGUCCCCGCUAACCGUUUGAGAGACUUACCCAAAGAACGACCCGACCGGCCCCGGGACUUGGAGCUGACGGACCUGGCCGAGAGGAGCGUGCGGCUGACGUGGAUCCCGGGUGACGACAACAACAGCCCCAUCACAGACUACAUCGUCCAGUUCGAGGAGGACCGGUUCCAGCCCGGCAUGUGGCACAACCACUCCCGGUACCCCGGCAGCGUCAACUCGGCCAUCCUCAGCCUCUCUCCUUACGUCAACUACCAGUUCCGGGUGAUAGCAGUGAACGAUGUGGGCAGCAGCCUGCCCAGCGUGCCCUCCGAGCGCUACCAGACCAACGGGGCACGUCCUGAAAUUAACCCAACGGGAGUCCAAGGAGCAGGGACCCAGAAGAACAACAUGGAGAUCACCUGGACGCCUCUGAAUGCAACCCAAGCUUACGGGCCCAACCUCAGGUACAUCGUGCGGUGGAGGCGAAGGGACCCCCGAGGGAGCUGGUACAACGAGACCGUGAAGGCGCCCAGGCAUGUUGUCUGGAACACCCCCAUCUACGUCCCCUACGAGAUCAAGGUGCAGGCAGAGAAUGACUUUGGCAGAGCACCGGAGCCUGACACCUACAUCGGCUAUUCCGGAGAAGAUUAUCCCAAGGCUGCGCCUACGGAUGUUAGGAUAAGAGUUUUAAACAGCACUGCCAUUGCUCUGACCUGGACCCGCGUGCACCUGGACACCAUCCAGGGACAGCUCAAGGAGUACAGAGCCUAUUUCUGGAGAGACAGUAGUUUGCUGAAGAACCUGUGGGUCUCCAAAAAACGGCAGUAUGUGAGUUUUCCUGGAGACCGAAACCGGGGCAUAGUGUCCCGGCUGUUUCCUUACAGCAACUACAAGCUUGAGAUGGUUGUAACCAACGGGAGAGGAGAUGGGCCACGCAGUGAAGUUAAGGAGUUCCCCACACCAGAAGGAGUGCCCAGCUCCCCCAGGUAUUUAAGAAUCCGACAGCCAAACCUGGAAAGCAUCAAUCUGGAGUGGGAUCACCCAGAGCAUCCCAACGGAGUCCUCACAGGAUACAGCCUCAGAUACCAAGCCUUUAACGGAUCCAAAACAGGCCGAACCCUGGUAGAGAACCUCUCUCCCAACCAGACAAAGUUCACCCUGCAGAGGACAGACCCCAUCUCGCGCUAUCGCUUCUUCCUGCGCGCACGGACCCAGGUGGGAGAAGGAGAAACCCUGGUGGAGGAGUCCCCAGCCCUGCUGAAUGAAGCCACGCCAACCCCAGCUGCAACUGGGGUGCCUCCAACUACAGUCGGUCUAACCAGUACUACAACCACCCCAACUACUACCACUACUACCGACACUACUACCACCACUACCGACACAACUACCACCACCACCACCGACACAACUACCACCACCACCACCACCACUACAGCCGCCACCAUCGCCGCAAGCACUACAGCACCUACAGAGAGGGCUCCGGCAGCCACCACAAAGCAGGAGUUGGCCACCAAUGGAUCGUCCAUAUGGGACAUAAGAGCUAUGGCUAAUAGUAACUGGGCAAACAUCACCUGGAGCCACAAUUACUCUGCAGGAACUGACUUUGUGGUUAAGUAUAUCACCAGUAACAACACAGAGAAAUCUAUCCCUGUUAAAGCUCAGACCCCUUCCUCUGUGCAGCUGGCGAAUCUGACGCCGGGAAUGAUGUACAAGCUGUGGGUGUUCCCCAUAUGGUCUAGCCCCAGCGAGCACUCGUACAUAACCUUUACCACCAGCUCAGCUUACACCAAGAACCAGGUGGACAUCGCCACGCAGGGCUGGUUCAUCGGGCUGAUGUGCGCCAUCGCUCUCCUGGUCCUUAUCCUGCUGAUCGUCUGCUUCAUUAAAAGGAGCAGAGGUGGGAAAUACCCAGUACGAGACAAUAAAGACGAGCAUCUCAAUCCUGAAGACAAGAAUGUAGAAGACGGGUCGUUCGACUACAGCGAUGAAGACAACAAGCCCCUGCCCAACAGCCAGACCUCCCUGGACGGCACGAUAAAGCAGCAGGAGAGUGACGAUAGCUUGGUGGACUAUGGAGAGGGGGGAGAAGGGCAGUUUAAUGAGGACGGCUCCUUUAUCGGCCAGUACACGGUGAAGAAGGACAAAGAGGAGACCGAAGGCAACGAGAGCUCGGAAGCCACCUCCCCAGUCAAUGCUAUUUACUCGUUGGCAUAGCGCAAUGCACUGAACCCACAAAGAGCUGGAGGUGUUCGUAGUGGAUGGGGGUUAACCAACAGCCGCCGCCGCCGCCAACAGCAACGUGUGAAUGAAGCAACCAACAAUGAUAAGAAAAAACACAACAAAAAAAUAGAAAA